CGUUUUUUAGGACCAAACCGCGAACAAAGGAACACAUAAAUAUAAAAAAUACAUAAAUAAACACCGACAUGACAUCGGAAUGUGAAUCGGAUAAUCGGAUAUCCAAUAGACCAUACCGUCGGGUACAAGAUAAAAGGUCCAUCACCAAGUCCCAAAAAGGGAAAGAAUAAAAAAAAAAAAGAUUUGUAAUAAUCCUAAAAUGUUUGGUUGGUGAAGAAGAAGAAACGAUGAUACGAAAUUUCCGGUUCAGAGCUCCGACGAAUCACCCUGGUUCCACCACCAUGCAAACCGAUAGCCGCCGGUUAAUCCGGUUUCAGACAAGAUGUUGUUCGUCACCAGAUCUUAGCCAUUACACGAUUCUUGGCUUGACCCCUCUCGCUUCCCAAACCGAAGUCAAACGUGCCUUCAAACGUCUCGCUCUUAAGUAUCAUCCAGAUUUGCACAAGGGACAGGAUAAAGAUUUCAAGGAGAUCAAAUCCGCUUACGAGUGUUUGAUGCAAAAGUUUGAGAAAGAAGUAGAAGAAGAGGAGAUUACAGAAAUGGGUGAAAUCGAUGAGUGGGAGGAAUGGAUGGGAUUCGAAGGAGGGAUACCAUCAGGUAUUUCUUACUAGACAUAAUCAUUUGUUACAAUGGAUAGAUGUAGAAUCAGAGAGAUGGAGAGUACAAUUUUUUGGAGCAAGGCAACAAUUGCAUUUUGGAGGAAGCUUCUCUUCGCCGGAAGAACGACAAGUCAUGUACUCUACUUGUAAGCAAUAGAGAGGACACGCGAUCGCUGUUUUCGUUGUAGUAACUCCAGGGAUUACUCCUCCUAGAAUAGCUCCUAAUGGAUUUUUCAAAACAAUAAAACAAUAAAUAUGAUCAAACAUGAUCGGUUACAUAA